AUGGCUGCCGCACCGGGCACUGGCAUCCCAGGAAGACACCCUGCUCGCAGCAUGCCCUGCACUCACCGACAGACACGCCCUUGGUGGAGUUCAGCUUGGACACCAGGUUGUCGGCGGGGUGGGACACCACGGCGCAGAGCACGCCCGCGAUGUAGCCUGCGGCAAAAGACACGCCCAGCUGCUCGCCCUUGGUGCACUCCUCGCGCGGCUUGGGCACCACGUACUUGUACAGGCCCUGGACCACAUUCUCGAAGGCCGCGAACUUCAUGA